AUGGGCUGCCGCCCUGGCAGUCAUGUCUGUCCAGGGUCCUAUACUAACCACCGCCGAGGCCGCCCCGCACCUCAGCAAGGUGCCGAGCCUGGACAGCAAAUGCGAUACUACUUCCCUCGCCCCGUGAAAAGACAGAACGCUCUGCAAAACACGACCAGUUCCUCUACUUCCUCUUCGACGUCUGAAGCCGAGACAUCGACCUCAGACCCUUGGAAAGCAUUCACUUCCUUCUUCUCUGGAUCCCAGGAUCCUUCUUCGGCAUCGUCACUCGACUUCCAAGAUCUCUUCUCGACCGCUUCACCCUCUUCUGCGCUGGACGCAGCAGCGGCUGCGACCAGCGACUCUACCGGCACAACCGACUCCGAGACUCCCGCAACAACUUCUAGCACCGUCGAUACCUCUGUCGCGUCCACUGGCUCGUCACCCUCUACCACGAUUCUUCCCACUGCAUCUGCCGAUUCAAUCACAUCCCAAGAGACUUCGACCUCGAGCGAGAGCACCGUCAGUUCAGCGGCAACCGAAGCCCCGUCAUCUACCGAGCCUUCUUCAAGUGCUGCCACCUCUGUCGCAUCGACCGGCAAUGUUGCAAGUGAGUCGGUCUCGCCAACUAUUGCAUCGCCCUCAACAGUUGCGUCUUCUACCGAGGCUACCUCCUCUGUUGCAUCCACUGGUGUCAUUACUUCGGAAGUCGUUCAACCCACAACCUUCUCAUCUUCUGCAGCCCAGCCGACGUCAUCCGUCGUUUCUACAGACGAGUCUACCUCGGACAGCCUUCAGUCAUCUGAAGCCUCUGUGGCCUCGACUGGAGUAAGUCCCUCCGAAAUCGUUCAGCCGACCGCCCCAUCUUCCUCGGUCUCGGUCGCAUCAACUGGCAGUCUUCCUUCAAUUGUCAUUCAGCCCACUCCCUCGUCUUCGGUUACUUCAACCGCACAGAUUACUACCGAAAGCGUCGAGCCUACAGCUCCUUCCAGCGUUGCUUCUACCGGAAAUGUUGUUUCGGAAAGCGUCGAGCCUACUGCACCUUCAAGCGUUGCUUCGACUGGCGUUGUCACUUCUGAGAGUGUUCAGCCCACACCUCCUUCUUCCGUCGCCUCGACUGGAGGUGUAACUACUGAAGUUGUGCAGCCAACCUCCAGAGAAUCAUCAUCGGACUUUGUUCAGUUGACCUCUGGAAGUGCGUCACCAUCAUCAUCCGUUGGUUCGACCGGAGUCAACGUUGUCGAAUCGGUUUCUCCCACCGCCCAAAGUACGCUUGCAUCUCUGGGCUCAACUGGCAAUGUCAUCGUCGAGUCAGUAUCGCCAACCGCUUCGGUCGAAUCUACCAUUGCUCCUGCUGUCGGCACCACCGGCGCAGUUGUGUCCGAAUCCGUCGAGCCCACCGCAGCCGCAACUUCUUCUCGUCUUGAUGCAUCUGUCCAGCGACCUGCCUCUACCGGUGGUGUAGUUUCUGAAUCCGUCUCUCCCACCGCUUCAUCCUCGGCUCAGACCACCGACAGCGACACGAUCGCUUCUAGUGUCGGAUCUACUGAUGGCGUCAAGACUGAGACUGUUGUCCCCGUCGCUGCAUCUACAGGUGCCGGUAUUCAAUCCUCUGAUGAAAUCCAGCCUACCGCUGCUUCCACCGGUGUUGUAGUUCAAUCCUCCGACGAGGUUCAACCUACCGCUUCUAGCACCGACAUUGCUUCGUCUGGUUCCGUAGUUCUGUCUUCCGAUGAAGUGCAGCCUACCUCCUCGCAAGACGUUGCCCAGUCAUCAGUCGCCUCUACUGGUGUUCCCGUCUCUUCUGCCGAGGAGGUACAGCCUACUGCCACUACACGGGAGACUAGUAGUGUUGCAUCUACUGGUAGCAUUCCAGCCAUCGUUAUCCUUCCCACACCUUCGUCGACCAGCGGCCCCCAAACAUCAGACUCGAGCACUGGCGCUGGUAUCAUUGUCGGCCUUUCUACUUUCCUGAACGGAGACUCUCCCACCACUUCAACUGAAGGUCCUGCUUCUGCAACCACUGGAAGCGAGUCGAGCACCGAUGCUCCUGUGGCUGGCCAGAACGAUUCUAACAACGCCACUGCAAUUGCAACUUCCUCGACCGACCUUCUUCCUAUCUUCGCCACAACCACUGGUGAUUCUUCCGAGACUUUGUCCACUGGUACCGCUUCGGUUGAGAGCUCCGCCACUCCUAUCAUCCCCUUGCCCAUCGGUGUCACCACCUCGGACGGCGUGACAUCUCUUGCUAGCGCUAGUGCCACUGGUACUCCCGAUGUCUUGUCAAGCAUCGUCUCUUCAGCACAAGCAGCCAUUGAGACAAGCAUCUCUUCCCUGGCUUCUGCUGGCUCGACCGACGCCACGCAGACCUCAUCUGACGGACCUACCUCAACUGGUCUCGUAGGCGGUCUCUUGUCGGGCGUGUCGGGUCUCGCUUCUUCUUUGGAUUCGGUACUCUCCAGUGUAGUUGCCACUGCUACCGACAGUGCCGUCUCGUCGUCGCUGGCCUCGGACUUCUCGAGCCUCCUUUCGAGCGCUUCAGCCUCGCUUGCAUCUGACACUACCGCCUCUGCAACCGUCACGGAUGCCUCUGCAACCCCAACCAGCGUGGCCGACAACACUACCGAGGCCAUCCCUGGAUCUGUCACUGACUCGAGCUCUCUGCCCGCAGUCACAUCCACCGACAGCACUGCCUCUGGUACUAGUGGCUUGACCUCAUCUGAGAUUCCUGCCUCCGUCACUGGCAGCGCAAAUACCACUGAAAGUGCUGCAAGCCCUUCGCAGUUGACAGAGAGCAGUGCCACGACUACUGACCUUACAAGCGACGCCUCGACCACUACUUCAGCCGCCCUGUCCGAAGCUACCAGCAAUGUCCCCAGUAGCGCCACAAGCGAUGUCUUGACGACUACCGCACCUAGUACUUUGAUCGCACCUGCAAAUGGCACUAUAGCAGCAUCUGGUACCGAAAGCAGUUUUGUCUCGGCAACUGCCAUCGAAAGUACUGCUUCUGCAUCUUCCGCAACCGAUAGCCCUGUCUCAUCUGCAGACAGUACCGUCGUAAGCAGCGGAACAGCCAUCUCUGCAACCGUCGCACCAACGGGCGUCUCUCCUUCGGUCACCUCAUUCACCGCCUCCACUUCUGGCACUCUCGUGAUUCCUGUUCCGGUGACCACUCCACCAUCGUCUCUUGUUUCGUCCAUUUCAUCUGCCCAGUCGUCAAUCGCCUCUUCAGUCUCUGCAUCGAUUUCCUCUGUCGAGUCUUCUCUUGCUGCAUCUGCGUCCGCCUCGGCUUCGCAAGCAUCCAGCGUUGCUUCCUUCGUGCCCAACAAUGCCACCAUGACGACUUCCGCCGCUGUCGGCAUCUCGACUUCUAUUCCAUUGUCAAGCGGAACAACUCUUGAUCUGUCUUCUACCGCCACUUCGGACAUCAGCUCUGUUUCUUCGGCAAUUUCGAGCGAUGUUUCAAUCACCACCACUUCAGAAGCCACUGCAGCAUCAGCAACUGCUGAGAGCAGCGCAUCUUCAAGUCUCUCGAGUGCUUCUUCGACCGAUGAUACCACCAUCGUCCCCAUUGAAUUUGCUUCCAGCACUGAGGCAUCGUCUCCUCCGUUGACAUCGGUAGUCUCGACUACACCUGCAUCUCCCGCUCCCACUCAGGCAUCCACUUCUGUUGCCUAUGAGCCAUCGACCAGCACUGCUCCUACCAGCAUUGUACCCAUCGGCACCAACACUUAUACCUCCAUGCCUAUCGACACUAGCAUCUUGUACCAGCCUUCCGAGACAGCAACUAGUUCGGCUACUGCCAAGGCAUCUGGUAUCCCCUCGUCGAUGCCUCGUGUCAUUCAACCUCCAGGUGGCAUGCCUUCGGCUCCCGACAACACCACUCUGGUCCAGGUUGGUUUCACCUAUGGCUUGAACUAUCCAUUCGUGGUUUCCACUGGUGGCUCCGCCAACCAAAUCUUCGAAUAUCUUCCUGCCGGUUUGGCUUAUGGUCUCAACAUUGAUGCGGCCAAGGUCAAGAUGUACGCACUGCAGCCCUACGACACUACUGAGUCAUUGCAUUACAUAACCACUUUGGCUCUUGUCUAUGUCCCCUCCGAGGCAGUCAACCAGUUGCAGCUUGAUCUACACACUUCGGUCGCUACCUUGUACAACAACCCUGAUGCAUCCACCAAGACUCUCAUGGGUAUGAUCAACCCCGCCAUUCCUAUGAUUCCUGGUGCAAACGGCAUGAGCAACAGCCAAGGAAAUGCAAAGAACCCCUCUGGCUCAGGCACUACCUCUGACAGCAAUGGCGCACCUCUUGGAGGCGACUCGAGCAGUUCAUCACCUGUCAACGGUACCUCCGUUGGUAUUGGUGUCGGUGCUGUCGCUGGUGCUGCCGUGUAUGCCGCAGCCAUGGUCUACGUUGCUCGUCGCUACAAGAAGAAGCGCGCUUCACAUGCUCGCAGCAACAGCGUACCCUACACUGAUGAAAGAGGCGAGAUGAGCCAACGGAACAGUGCAGCAAACUACUUCAUGUCAGGAGGUCGUGGUCGUGUAACCCCUACCAGCGGAAGAGGUAGUCGCCAAAGCGGAAGCAGUGCCAACGGUCGUAGCGUCAGAGAACAAGGCAUCAGUGCUCCCGUUCUUGCAGGGAACUCUCUUGGCUGGAACUAG